AUGGACAUGGAGGAAGAUAGAAUUUUAGAGGCAGAGAGGUACCAGAUCGAGCAGAUUCGAGAGCUUGAAUUCGAAGAAUUACAAGUCGAAGAAGUCGAUGAAGACGACGACGACGACUCGGUCGAUGCUCGUGAUGCCACGGGUGCUGGUUCAUCUGAUAGUUUCACCUUCAACACUUGUUUGGCUUCAUUGCAUACUUAUCUUGGCGAGGUUGAAGAUACUCACCAUAGACUGGCUUUCUUGGAUGGAGGUGCCAUUUUGAACCUUCCUUUGUUCUAUCUUGAAGGAGUUGUUCUUUUCCCAGAGGCUACACUUCCUUUGAGAGUUAUUCAACCCAAUUUCAUUUCUGCUGUUGAGAGGGCAUUGGUUCAAGUUGAUGCUCCUUUUACUGUAGGUGUGGUUCGUGCAUACAGGGAUUCUGAUAACAGACGAUUAAGGUUUGCAACUGUUGGGACAACUGCAGAGAUUCGUCAAUACCGGCGUUUAGAGGAUGGGUCACUGAAUGUAGUUACUCGUGGCCAGCAGCGUUUUUGUCUAAAACGUCGUUGGAUUGAUGUUGAAGGAGUGCCCUGUGGAGAGGUUCAAAUCAUCCAGGAAGAUAUGUCAUUAAGGACACCCAAGGAGGCUUUUGGAAGAUUGGCACCAUUAAGUAAUCUGCGCGGUCAUAGACUCUCAUGUGUGCUGGUUUCAAAUUCUUCAUCAGUUGGAUAUGGGCAUAGCGACAAUGAUUCAGAGGCAAGGUCUGGGGAAAGCUUUGAGAGUGCGCUCUCGCUAGCAGAAAGGAGAAUUCAUCAAUCUGCGUUGGAUUCUUGUUAUGGCUCUGAUGCGAUGGAUGAAUCAUCGAGUAGUGAUGAUGACAAGUUUGUGAGUCCGUCAGAAAUGAGAUCUACAAGAUCUCACCUAAGUGAGUCGGAAGGGUCAUUGUAUUCGGACAUUGGGAAAAAUGUUGAUGAUACUACCUUAGAAAUCGGGAAUAGUUCUGGUUUAGCGAAGAAAGGAGAAGCAUCGAAGCGAUGUUGGAAAAAUACCAACUUAAACCAGUUUCGCAGGGUUCCAAGAGCUUUCUGGCCCUACUGGGUAUACUGUAUGUAUGACUCCUAUUGUCUCGCUGAAAGAGCAGCAGAUAUGUGGAAACAGAUAGUUGGGGCACCAAGCAUGGAUGGUCUUGUGAGAAAGCCUGAUCUUUUAUCAUUUUACAUUGCCAGUAAAAUUCCCGUGUCUGAGGAGAUCAGGCAGGAGCUUCUGGAGAUUGAUGGCAUUUCAUAUAGACUGCGCCAGGAAAUUGACUUACUUGAAAGCUUUGACCUUGUUCAAUGUAAAAUGUGUAAGACUGUUAUCGCACGGCGGAGUGAUAUGUUGGUGAUGUCUAGUGAAGGUCCUCUUGGUGCUUAUGUGAAUCCGCAUGGUUAUGUGCAUGAGAUAAUGACAUUCCAUAAAGCAAAUGGGUUAGCACUCAUAGGGCGAGCCACGGCGGAAUACAGCUGGUUUCCUGGGUAUGCUUGGACAAUUGUAGAAUGUGCAUCCUGUGAAACCCAAAUGGGGUGGCUUUUUACCGCCACGAAGAAGAAUUUGAAGCCUCAAUCGUUUUGGGGGAUACGGAGUUCCCAGGUUGCUGGUGAUAAACGCUAG